GGUCCACCGUCCACACAGGAGCUUCUUCUUCCCAAUCGCAUUCUCCGAUCGCUUCGCCGUUGCAGAGUUAAGGGUUCAGGAAUCUCGGCCGGCUGUGCUCAGGGCUCACUCGAUGCAGCAAGGCGAGCAGCUGGGUUUGUUAGAGGAGAUGAUGUAAUUCACAAGAAUCUUCACGUUGCUGGCUUAUCGACACAAGUGAAUCUUUCAGAUCGAGCUGGCGGAUACACAAGAAUGCUCCGCACUCGCAUACGUGUUGGUGAUGCUGCACCAAUGGUCCAUAUCGAGUUUAUCGGUAGAGAGAACGAGCGACGACAAUCGAAACCAGCAACACCUCAAUCGCCACCUCGAGUGCCUCUGGACCCAUGGGCUAGAUCCCGUCUCACCACGCUGUACGCACCACUAAAGGAGGAGAACGUUUCUACUAACCAUCUUCGUUAGUAGCUGGUAGAGAUGACAAGCCCUAGAGAGAACAUUAUGUUUUGUUUUUUCUUCCCCAUUUCGUCUCUCCUUCGACCCAUUGUCACCUUAUUCAUUACGCUAUCAUUCACAUUUCACACCAAUGGAGUAAAUAUCACAAAGUAAUUUACUUUUCACC